GGCAUGCCAGGACUCAUGACUGCUGACUGUGGUAUACAUACAUCCGGUAACCAGCACAUAGAAGCUAUAUCCUGUUUUAUACGCGGAUCUUUCACCACAGGAUCCCUGUCUGGAUCCGCGAGCUUCAGUCACGAGUUGCUCAUGACACAGUGUCGGUCAUUUCCUACAAAACAUUCACGCUCCUGCUGCCUGCUCAAAGGAGGGAAGUAGGACUAGACUGAAUGUCUUGCUCGGCGCUCUGCUUCGCUGCUGGGACCCGGAAUGGCUUCGUUGGAGCGAGUGAGGCAGGGCUUGGAGAGCUCGGGACAGGGCCACGUCCUGCAGUUUUGGCCGGAGCUGAGUGAGGAGGAGAGGGACGCUUUCCUCCAGGAGCUGGGCCAGCUGGACUUGCAGGGGCUGAGGGAUCACUGUGAAGGAGCCGCCAAGGCUGCAGCCUCCCCCCCAGACAGCCUGGACCGGCACAUAGAGCCGGUCCCUUCGGAAUUCAUCGGCAGCGUCAGGAAAAGUGACAGAAAGUCUCUCGCCGAGUGGGAAAAUGAAGGCCUGCUGCACAUCUCCAAGAAUCGCGUUGGGGUUCUGCUUUUGGCCGGUGGUCAGGGGACUCGUCUUGGUGUUCAGUACCCCAAAGGAAUGUACAGUGUUGCCCUUCCAAGCGGCAAAACCUUGUAUCAGAUCCAAGCAGAACGCAUUCGCAAGGUCCAGGAGAUUGCAGACAGGAAGCAUGGCUCUAAGUGCACCAUUCCAUGGUACAUAAUGACUAGUGAGUUUACUCUGGCUCCCACUGAGAAGUUCUUUGAGGAGAAACACUACUUUGGCCUAGAGCCGACAAACAUUAUUAUGUUCGAGCAAAGGAUGAUCCCAGCAGUGACCUUUGAUGGAAAAGUCAUUCUGCAGGGUAAAGGGAAGGUAGCGAUGGCCCCAGAUGGCAAUGGAGGUCUUUAUAAGGCACUGAUGGACAAUAAGGUGCUGGAGGACAUGAAGAGGAGGGGCGUGGAGUACCUGCAUGUUUACUGUGUGGACAACAUCCUGGUCAAGAUGGCAGACCCUGUAUUUAUUGGCUUCUGUGUGAGCAAAGGGGCUGACUGUGGGGCCAAGGUGGUGGAGAAGGCGUACCCUGCUGAGCCAGUGGGGGUGGUUUGCAGAGUGCGAGGGGUCUCUCAGGUAGUGGAGUACAGUGAGAUCCGACCAGAGACGGCUGAACUCCGAGGACCAGGAGGGGAGAUGGUGUACAGUGCUGGGAACAUCUGCAAUCACUUUUUUACUAGGACCUUUCUGCAGGAUGUGGCAGAGAAAUUUGAGGGCCAAUUAAAACAGCAUGUUGCUCUCAAGAAAGUGCCCUAUGUGGACGCAUGUGGCAAUCAAGUCAGACCCACCAAACCGAAUGGCAUAAAGAUGGAGAAAUUUGUUUUUGAUGUCUUCCCAUUCUCAAGGAACUUUGUUGUAUUUGAGGUUGUGAGGGAGGAUGAGUUCUCCCCACUGAAAAAUGCAGAUGGAGCAGCCACCGAUAGUCCAACCACGGCCAGAAACUCACUGCUGGCUCAGCACUGCCGCUGGGCCACAUCUGCUGGAGCCACUCUGCUGGAUGAACAUGGGAACACAGCCAGUGUAUCAGCAGGAGAUACUAACCCAGCACAAUGUGAGAUUACACCACUGGUGUCAUACUUUGGAGAGGGUCUGGAGCAGCUGCUGAAAGGGAGGACACUAAAAACCCCCUUCUAUCUCGAUGAAAAAAAGGCCAAGGAGCUGCAGGCUGAGUAGGAUUUCUCUGAUUGAGAGGGUGCGACAGCAGCAGACAUUCCAUUAGUGUAGAACACCUUAGAGAUAGCCAACCUGGAUGAAUAUGUUUAAGUAGUUUCAGACUGAGAUGCAAACUUGUUUAAAUGAAUUGUAUGUGAUUUUAUCAGACUGCCAUUUCAUGUAUCUCAUAUUAGUCCCUUAAAGCUACUUUGUGAUGUAAUCAGUUGAAAACAAACAAGGAAGUUGCAAUGAAUAAUGGGAAUUUAUAUAAAAUCGUUUUUGAUUUACAACAAAUAAACAAAACUAAAAUAAAAAUUUAUAUUUUCUGA